GGCUUGCGCUAUGGAUGAAAGAGAGGCUUCCCUCUUGAACAGCAGUGGUCGUUCGCACCGAUCAUAUGGUUCAACUAAAAUGGCGGAUCAGCACGUCAUCGAAGAUGCAAAUCAGCAGGCCAUCGACAUCGAAGGUGCAGAUCAGCAGGCCACCGAAGGUGCAGAUCAGCAGGCCAUCGAAGGUGCAGUUCAGCAGGUCAUCGACAUCGAGGGUGCAUAUCAGCAGGCCACUGAAGGUGCAGAUCAGCAGGCCACCGAAGGUGCAGAUCAGCAGGCCAUCGACAUCGAGGGUGCAGAUCAGCAGGCCACCGAAGGUGCAGACCAGCAGGCCACCGAAGGUGCAGAUCAGCAGGCCAUCGACAUCGAAGGUGCAGAUCAGCAGGCCACCGAAGGUGCAGAUCAGCAGGCCACCGAAGGUGCAGAUCAGCAGGCCACCGAAGGUGCAGAUCAGCAGGCCACCGAAGGUGCAGAUCAGCAGGCCACCGAAGGUGCAGAUCAGCAGGCCAUCGACAUCGAAGGCGUAGGUCAGCAGGCCGUCGAAGGUGUAGGUCAGCAGGCCGAAGGUGCAAUUAGGGAAAGUGGACUUAAUACCAUAUUUAAGGUGGUGACGUCCGUCUGUAAGACCCUUUGGAUAGCAUUUUGGCCUUUUGUGGGAAUCUGGUGGUUGACGUUCUCCUGUGCCGUACAGGUGAUGUGUCUGUGGGACGAAAGUGAUGAUGCUACUGUAGACGAACUGUAUACUGUAAACCCCCAGCACACCCACGUCUGGAAAAACAUUUCACGCGCACAUGACUGGAGGUGGUUUCAUUGCCACCAGCCACACAAGGUUCAGAAAGCUCUAGCUUAUUCGCUCGUCGUCGGCCUGUACAAAUUUGCGCCAGGCAUACUGAUCGUUCGCUGGUGCUAUCAAAUUAACUUGCCUGAUUUGCUGAGGGGCAAAAUCAACCAGGACGUAGUUUACGACAAGCGGUAUCUGCUUGCCUUGUACGUCAUUCUUUGGGCCUGCUCAGUCCUGCUUAACUUCAGCAUCAAGUGUGCAUCGUGUGAGCAGCUAUUUACCUUGCGAUGGAACAUUAGGUACUUCCUUGAUAAACCACCUGACAUGUCACAUGUUGCCUGCGCUUUGCCUUCACUGCCAUUCUACGCAAUGCUCUAUUUUCCCUCGUUCUUUUGCUGUUGGUACGUAAUCGAGUUGACGAAUGCCUUAGUCUCAUUGGCGUCUGGCACAGAGGCUCU